GUUCCGGUGUUGGUGUUUGUUUUUUUUUCUCGAUUUUGUUGUUGUCAGUGGAAAAUUAUCUCUUGGUCAGUCGAUUAAUUGAUUAAUGUUUUACGGACGUGAAACAAGUGAACGGUGAAUGAUGGUGUAUUGAAAUCGAGCUGUUGGAUCUUCAUUCGUAUAGUAUUCUUUCGCCGGUCGCUCUAGUUUCGUGUUUCUCGCGAAAAUGGCGACAACAAUGGGUCCUCCGCAGAAUUCUCCUUCUCCGUCUGGAUUUCCUCCUCAUCCACCUGGACCACCGAGUGGAAGGCAGGAAAACUUGAACGCCCUUCAACGAGCUAUCGAUUCGAUGGAAGAGAAAGGACUGCAAGAAGAUCCUAGAUAUUCUCAACUGUUGGCAUUACGAGCUCGUCACGAAAACAUGGAACCUCCUCGUCAACCAAUGCCCCAACCACAAGGACCGCCGAUGAACUCCGGUAAACAGUUUUUUACUCAAGAACAACUACAACAACUUCGAGCACAGAUCUUCGCUUACAGAAUGUUAGCCAGAAACAUGCCCCUUAAUCCGGAGCUAAGUUUAGCCCUACAAGGUAAAAAAGUAGACGCUCCAAUUGCUAUGCAACCUCCUCCGGUAAACGGAGCACCACCGCCAGGAUCCUUUGGACCUCAAUCCAGACCUGCAGGAGACUCUGGUCCUGAAACUGAUCCGAUUCAACCUCCCAGACCAGUAGAACAACCUCCAGCUCCGGUUCAACCCGGCUCAAUGCCUGUAUUAAGCAACGUACCUCCAGUUGCUGUCAAACCAGCAGGUCCGGCUCCGUCACCACCUCAACCUACUGCAACGGUUCAACCAGCUGUCCAACCUCCUCCGACACCUGCACCUCCCGUACCUCCGGUUCAGAAACAAAUUCGCGUAACUCCGAUUCCGAAACCAGCCGGUAUCGAUCCAUUGAUAAUUUUACAAGAGAGAGAGAACCGAACAGCGGCCAGAAUCGCUCAUCGGAUCGAAGAAUUGGAUAAUUUACCAACGAAUAUGUCCGAGGAUUUGAGAAUCAUGGCCGAAAUUGAACGUAGGGCUUUGAGAGUGCUUAAUUUUCAGAGACAGUUGAGAGCAGAAGUAUUAGCCUGCGCUAGACGUGACACAACUCUCGAAACAGCUGUCAACAUUAAAGCUUAUAAACGUACCAAGAGGCAAGGGUUACGAGAAGCUAGAUCUACGGAGAAAUUAGAGAAACAACAGAAACUUGAAGCUGAGCGUAAAAAGAGACAGAAACAUCAAGAAUACCUGAGCACCGUUUUACAACACUGCAAAGAUCUUAAAGAAUUUCAUCGUAAUAAUCAAACUAAAGUCGCUAAGAUUAAUAAAGCUAUAUUGAACUAUCAUGCCAAUGCUGAACGUGAACAGAAAAAAGAACAGGAAAGAAUUGAAAAAGAACGUAUGCGAAGACUUAUGGCUGAAGAUGAAGAAGGUUACAGGAAACUUAUCGAUCAAAAGAAAGAUAAACGAUUGGCCUUCCUGCUUUCUCAAACCGACGAAUACAUUAGUAAUCUUACAGAGAUGGUUAAACAACAUAAAAUGGACCAACGCAAGAAACAAGAGGAAGAGGAAAAGAAAGAAAGAAAAUUGAAAAAGAAACGUCAACUACUGGAGGCCGAAGGUAUGAACAAUUCCACUGUUCAUGUGGCCGUCGUAGAAGUCGCAACUGGUAAACAGUUGAGAGGAGAUGAUGCUCCUUUGGCUAGUCAGCUCAAUUCCUGGUUGGAUUCGCAUCCCGGUUGGGAAAUCGUCGACGAUUCCGAAGACGAAGAGGAUCAGGAUGAGGAUAAUAUGUCGAGGGGUGAGUUCAACGACCUUAACGUAGAUGUAUCGGUAUUCGAGUCUCGUAGAGGCUUUGUUGGUGUCCGUUAUAUGGAUAUUACUCACGUUACGAAUGCUCUAUCCGCAGACCGAGACAGAAUGGAUGAAAGUAGAACCAAAGAUGUUAUUAGAAAAGCCAAAGUUGAAGAUGACGAGUAUAAGAAUGCCAACGAGGAGCAUACUUAUUACAGUAUUGCUCAUACAGUUCACGAAUGUGUGACCGAACAAGCUUCUAUUAUGCAUAAUGGAAAGCUAAAAGAAUACCAAAUCAAGGGUUUGGAAUGGUUGGUGUCGUUAUACAAUAACAACUUAAAUGGUAUCCUGGCCGAUGAGAUGGGUCUGGGUAAAACCAUCCAAACUAUAGCGUUAAUUACUUAUCUCAUGGAGAAGAAAAACGUCAAUGGACCGUUUUUAAUCAUCGUACCUUUAUCAACUUUAUCCAAUUGGGCUUUGGAAUUCGAAAAAUGGGCUUCUAGCGUUUGUGUUGUGGCCUAUAAAGGAUCUCCAGUCGCAAGACGCAUGUUACAAGCACAAAUGAAAGCAGCUAAAUUCAACGUACUGCUGACCACCUACGAAUACGUUAUCAAAGAUAAAUCCAUCUUAGCCAAAAUUCAAUGGAGAUAUAUGAUCAUCGACGAAGGUCAUCGUAUGAAGAAUCAUCACUGUAAACUGACCCAAGUAUUAAACACUCAUUACAUCGCAUCUCAUCGAUUACUAUUAACUGGUACACCUUUGCAAAACAAACUGCCAGAAUUAUGGGCCUUGCUGAAUUUCUUAUUACCAUCGAUUUUCAAAUCAGUAUCAACUUUCGAGCAAUGGUUCAACGCUCCUUUCGCCACGACCGGUGAAAAGGUCGAAUUGAACGAAGAAGAAACUAUUUUGAUUAUUCGUCGUUUGCAUAAAGUAUUAAGGCCAUUCUUACUCAGACGUUUGAAAAAAGAAGUCGAAUCUCAGUUACCUGAUAAAGUCGAGUAUAUAAUUAAAUGCGACAUGUCCGGAUUGCAAAGAGUAUUAUACAGACACAUGCAAAGUAAAGGUGUUCUGCUCACCGAUGGUUCGGAAAAAGGUAAACAAGGCAAAGGAGGAGCGAAAGCGUUGAUGAAUACCAUCGUGCAAUUGAGGAAAUUAUGUAAUCACCCCUUCAUGUUCCAACAUAUCGAGGAGAAAUACAACGAACACGUUGGAUCUAAUGGUAUUUCGAAUGGACCUGAUCUGUACCGUGUCUCGGGUAAAUUUGAACUACUCGAUAGAAUCCUACCUAAAUUGAAAGCCACCGGUCACAGAGUAUUGCUGUUUUGUCAAAUGACCCAACUAAUGACCAUCAUGGAAGAUUACCUGAACUGGCGUAAAUUCACAUAUCUACGUUUGGACGGUAUGACUAAAUCUGAAGAUCGAGGAGAUCUACUGAAGAAAUUCAACAGCCCAGACAGCGAAUACUUCCUAUUCUUAUUGAGUACACGAGCCGGUGGUCUAGGUUUAAAUUUGCAAUCCGCCGAUUCGGUUGUUAUAUUCGAUUCAGAUUGGAAUCCUCAUCAAGAUUUACAAGCUCAAGAUCGAGCCCAUCGUAUCGGUCAAAAAAACGAAGUACGCGUGUUACGUUUAAUGACGGUGAACUCGGUCGAAGAACGUAUCUUGGCCGCGGCUCGGUACAAGUUGAACAUGGACGAGAAAGUUAUCCAAGCUGGUAUGUUCGAUCAAAAAUCCACCGGAUCCGAAAGACAGCAAUUCCUGCAGACUAUUUUGCAUCAAGAUGAUGCCGACGACGAGGAGGAAAACGAAGUACCCGAUGAUGAAACGGUGAACCAGAUGAUCGCUAGGAGCGAAACUGAAUUCGAAACGUUCCAAAAAAUGGAUCUAGAAAGACGUAGAGAAGAUGCUAAACUCGGCCCGAAUCGUAAAUCACGUCUAAUAGAGGAAUCCGAGUUACCCGACUGGUUGGUCAAAGAUGACGAAGAGGUUGAAAAAUGGACUAUCGAAGAAGAUCAAGAAACAUUAAACGCGAGCAUGGGACGUGGAUCGAGAGCACGUAAAGAAGUAGACUAUUCUGAUAGUUUAACGGAAAAAGAAUGGCGCAAGGCUAUCGGCGAUACUUACGAUGAUGACGAAGACGACGACGACGAAGAAAUCAAAACCACCAAGAGAGCGACGAGGAAACGAAAGAAACGCGGCUCGAUUAUCGAAGAAGAUGACGAUGAAGAUGAUCCUUCGGUAUCCUAUCAAAAGAAAAAACGUCCAGCGGACAAAGUCAACGAUGAAAAAUUGAAAAAGCAAAUGAGACGUAUUAUGGAUAUCGUCAUAGAAUACAAAAACGAGGAUGAUCGAGUGCUGAGCGAACCGUUCCAAAAAUUGCCUUCGAGAAGGAAAUUCCCCGAUUAUUACGACAUGAUCAAAAAACCCAUUGAUAUUAAGAAAAUUAAAACCAAGAUCAACGAUGGCAAAUAUUCAUCGAUAGAUGAGCUAGAAUAUGAUUUCAUAUUGCUGUGCAAAAAUGCCCAAAGAUAUAACGAAGACCAAUCGGUGAUAUUUAACGACUCAGUCGAACUUGAAAAGGUCUUCAUGGAUGCUAGAAAUGAAGUGGAAAACUCUUCUUAAUCGCUUUGCUUUUAUCAAUUAGUAUUUUUAAAUUUUACGCUUAAUUAAUCUACGAAACUGCUUUUUUAAUCCCGAGUGUUUGUAUUUUAUAGACGAUUUGUAUUAUUUAUAUAUCGAAAUGGUUUCCUUAGGAAUCAAUUUAAUCAACGAACCGUCGACAGUUUUAGAUUUUUAAUUUUUGUAUAGUUUUGCAUUUUUUCUUUUUUUUUUUUGUUCUAUUUAUUUACGUAAUAAAGCCAAAUUAAUUUUAAA